UGGGUCGCCCCGGCAACCGAUUCCCUCAACCCGCAUAUUCCCGUUGAUACAUGGUGCUUUGUCCGUGUGCACAGUUUAAUUGUUUCGUGCCUACCCAUCAGGUGUCCGGCACGCGGUACUGAUCCGCCGCAGUACGUACCUCUGCCCAGACGCUGCAGCCGAUACUGAAACCGACAGUUGGGUUUGGCUGCAAUAUCUAGGCCGGGGGCCGUGCGGACAUCGUUCAGAGCCUCGGGCCGAACUCCGAAUGGUCUCACCGUGUAUUCUCGUGGACCAGCACUGUCAUUACUAUUAUCACUAUUUUCAGCUCCAAGGCUGUCCCUCAGUGUCGUUGUUUUACUCUAAUUGGUUCUAUUUGGAACGGACUCACCAGAACUUUUUGAUGCUUGAUAUUUGCUGCUGAUUUCGCGCAAGUGUCCCAUAUGCUUAACGAAUCUCGUGAACCGCGGGACAAUUAUUCAUACGAUUGUUUUUUUGUCAUUUAUAGACCUUAAUGGUUGGCCAGUUAUAGUGGGUGCCUGAAAUGAAAAAGAAUAAAAUAAGAAAAGAAUAAAAUAAGCUUGUUCAAUUGUGCCUUAUAUGCAUUUUAUACCAUUUCUGAUCUUUUCGUCAUCUGAUUACUUACGACUGACAUAUUUCAGUUUAGUUUUCUUACCGCGUUGUUCCUUUAUUUGAAUAUCCUACCGUACGUUCCAGUUUUGGCUUGUUUAGUGUGUAUCUUUGGUUUCUCGCUUUUUGACAUCUUUAUUUGUUGGUUGGUUCCCUCAGAUCCCCACAAGAUGAACCGAUUGAACUUUGUUCGACAAUCCUCGGCGGCCCGGUCCCACCAGAGCUACGUGAGUCCGAAUGCAAUAAAUGAACACCCGCUACACUCGGGCCCAUGCGACCGACGAAGUAAACGAACCAGCGAGAGCCGUCGAACAUGAACCUCACUCAUCAUGAGUUAACUCGUGUCGUCAUCUUGUGGAACUCAAUAGUCGGGAAAAUUCUUUGUAUGUGGUUGUAUUGCUCUGUCAGUAAUACCUGUGCACAGCCUAUCGAAAGAGAUGGAUGAAGAAGGGAGAGAUUGAGUGAAUAUAACUUAGUUAGUGGUUGUUAGUUUUUCUGAUUUGAGGUUGUGAUUUUCCACGUGUUCUUUUGUUCUUUUUGUUACUGCUGUUUUUUUCCUCCUUUGUUGGUAUGGAAACUGAGCUGGUCCAGGUUGAUGAGGGUCUCCUCACGGUCUGUUGUAUUCCAGGAGAUGGGGACUGCCUGUUCUCGUCUCUUACGCACCAGAUCUGGGGCUGUCCGCCUCAUGACGCUGCUCAUCAGCUUUAUGUUCGGACUCUUCGUUCGCAAGUUGUGCAAUAUUACCGUGAGCGUCUUCCCACCUUAUCCGACGGAUUAUAUGCGCAGGCGCUUGUCAUUUUUCCGGAUGUUUCGAGUGUUCUGAGUCCCACGCAGCUUGUGGAUCAUUUUCUGAAUAGCCUUUCUAUGCCCGGAUUUUGGGGAGGAGAAGAAAGCCUCAUUGCUAUUUCGGAAAUAUUAGAUUUUGCUGUGACAGUAUUUCGUGAGCGUUCAGUGGCUAUUUCUUUAAAUUCUUCCGGAUCUCAAGAGCUUCGCCUGGUUCAUCGGGUUGCUCCAUCUGGCGAGUAUACUCAUUAUGAUAGUGUUUUGAGUAUUCGCACCGGUACAUAUUUAUUAUUGUUUAUAUUAUUUAAUUUUUCAUUUAUAUAUUAUCAUUUUGCAGUUAAGCAUAAACGGCGGUUGGCGUUUGAACAUGGCUCUGUUCCUCCUACGAAGCAGGCAGCUGCUUCCGAUUGUUCUUUGACGUCUUCCGGCGUUUCUCCCAUUGGUAUUACUGCUGAUCCUCCUGUAUCGGCUCCAACGGUUCUGCUGGCUCAUUCUAUUGCCCUUGGUAAAUCGAUAACAUCGUACCCAUCGUUUAAGGACCAACUCUCAGGCAAAUAUAAGUAUAUCGACGAUAAAAUAGUCGUGGUCGAUGGAAAUUUAGUGACCAGUCGGGGUCCCGGAACGGCAUUCGAUUUUGCCUUGAAACUUGGAGAAAUCCUAGUUGGCGCGGACAAAGUGAAGCAAGUUGCAUCAGGAAUGUUGUACAACAUGAACAUUCAUAAUUAGAGAAAACAGAUUUCGAAGGACUGUACUGCUUAUGAUGAAAAUGACACAUGAUAUAGUUAUCGUUUUCACGACAA